AUGGGCUACAGACAGGCCGCUGUGCUUGCCGCAGACUGCUUCUGCCUCGGCGUGCUCUUCAUCUGCUUCAACGUCGACUACCGCGUGCUCUUCACGCCCCUCACGGACGACGUCGUCCGGGACGGGUUCGAGUUCUACAAGACGUUCUACAAUGCGCCUUCGGGUAUCAAGGCGCUGCUGCAUGCGGUGAUGGGCGUGGGGGCCCUCGGGCUGCUUGGGAAGCUGGGCAAGUGGGACGAGAGCGCGAUGUUCUUCGACGGGUCCUCGCUCGUGGCGUGGGUGUGCGCGAUCGCGGUGUACCUGACGGUGGGCGUGCCCGCGACGCGCACAGUCGCGGACCCGGUGCCGGACGUGGACACGCGCGCGGACCAGGUGGAGGCGCUGCGCGUGCUCUCCGCGGGGAACGUGAUCGCCGUCGUGCUCCUCGGCGCGAUCCUCGUCCUCCAGGCGGGUGAGGAGUAUGCGCGGCGCGUCGAGGAGGGGAUGCGCGCGAAGUUGGAGGCGGAGAGCGCGAAGCUCGAGGCGGAGGUGCCCCCGGCGGGCGGGGAGGGCGAGGAGAAGGCGGAUGCACCGACGGAGGAGAGCGCGGAGGACAAAAAGGACAAGUAG